CUGAGAAAGUAGUUUCACGCACGGAUCAUGGCUGCUGUCAAUUUCACCGCAUAGAGAACAAUGUUUCAAAUGGGGCAUGUGUCCAAGAGAUGGUUAUCCUCGGCACAGAGAGUGGUUGUUACAGGGAUGGGUGUUGUGACACCUUUAGGCUGUGGUACACAGCAUGUUUGGGAAAGGCUGUUGCGGGGUGAUGUGGCCACAUCAGCUCUGUCGGACCCGCGCUACGCCGGCCUGCCGAGUCGCGUGGCCGGCCUGGUGCCUGAGGGCAGCGGGCCCGGCCAGCUGAACAUGGCCGCCCACUUCGCGGCCGCCGAGCGCCGCUCGCUCAGCCGCGCCACCUGCCUGGCCGUGGUCGCUGCCGAGGAGGCCGCCCGCAGCGCUGGCUGGCGGCCAACCACUGAACUAGAGCAGGUGCGCACGGCCGUCUGCAUCGGCAUGGCCUCGCCGGAGCUGGAGGACAUCGCCGAGACGGCGCGUCGCCUGCAGCAGCGCGGCCCGCGCGGCGUGUCGCCCCACUUCGCCGCGCGCGUCCUGCACAACAUGGGGGCUGGCGUGGUCGGCAUCCGACUGCGUUGCCGCGGCCCCACCCACACGGCCAGCACGGCAUGCGCCACCGGUUCGCAUGCCAUCGGUGACGCGCUCCGGCUGCUGCGCGCCGGCGCCGCCGACGCCGCCUUCUGCGGCGCCUCCGAUGCCGGCGUCUCGCCGCUCGCCGUCGCCGGCUUCGCGCAGAUGCGCGCGCUCAGCGUGCGCUGGAACGCAGAGCCGGCGCACGCGUCGCGGCCGUUCGACGCGGCGCGCGACGGCUUCGUGCUAGCUGAGGGCGCUGGCGUGUUGCUGCUCGAGACGCUUGCGCACGCACGCCGGCGCGGUGCCGCGCCGCUGGCCGAGCUGCUGGGCUGCGGUCUCUCGGGAGACGCCUGUCACGUGUCGGCGCCGAGCGAAGAUGGCGACGGCGCGCGCCGCGCCAUGGCUGCGGCGCUGCGCGACGCCGACGUGCAGCCCGAGCAGGUGACGCACGUCAACGCGCACGCGACGGGCACGCCGCUGGGCGACCGGGCCGAGCUGCGUGCCGUGGCGGCGCUGCUGACCACAUCCCGGCCGCUGGUCACCUCCAACAAGGGCGCGCUGGGUCACCUGCUGGCUGGUGCAGGCAGUGUGGAGGCGGCCAUGACGGUGAUGUCGUGCCGCCACGGCCUCGUACCGCCCACCGCCAACCUGACGCAUCCCGAACCGGUGGACGGCGUGCGACUGGUGGCGCCGCGCGCGGCCGAGUGGAAAAGCUCCGGCCGCCGCAGGGUGGCGCUCAAGAACUCAUUCGGCUUCGGUGGGACAAACACCAGCCUCUGCUUCGCGGAGUUUGUCGAGUGAUGAACUUUCGCAGGCGUCGUGAUAUGUUCCUGGUCUAGUCAUGAUAGCUGCAAAAGAGUGUUAUGUGACGUGUAUGUGACGCAGAUCCAUCCUCGGGCCUCGGUGCGUUUUUAGUGCUCUGUCAUGCAGUGAAUAACCCUUCAGAAGUUUUGCCACAAUGGGACAAUUGAAAGAUGUUACGAUUUACCUGACUGUCAUGGGCUUGUGUUAAGCGCUGUUGGGCUCUCACAAAUGUUCCUUCUUUAAGCUACAAAAUUUUUGACUAUAUUUGCUCCUGAUGGCAAGUUGGCGUCGUCCGGGCCAUUGAUUAUUUUUGCUCGUUUUCCGUACGGUUUUGUACGUGGUGAAAAUACCGCUACAUGCUAUGCCUUUAUCAUCAUAAAUAGUGAAUUCCCAGUAAAUAUAUUUUCCUUGGAUAGGAAUAGACAGUUCUUGGACCAUCCCUAGAUCGGCCUCCCACGCAGAAGUAACACGCAAUGGUGGGUGACAUGAGCUUGCAUGGGCCAUAGCACGAGCUCGACAUGAGCUUGAGUCCAUAGAUGGCGUUACGAUCAGGCUGGCAGCUGCCUCUAGUGUCUGUUCCCAUCGCUCCGCAAAAAGAUGAGAUAAGUUUGGAGGGGAACGGAGGAGCGCUGAGAUCUGCUACCACCGGAACGAGUUCGCAGGAGGUAUCAACUGUCUGCGCGUAACUUAGCCAAACAGUUUUGGCUCACCGACGGCGACUAACUUCGGGCGUUGCGUCGACAGAAAAAUGUACCCUAAAUCGCAAAUUUGUACAAUAGUAAUAAUUACAUCAAAAUGGCAUCACACCAAAUGACGUAGGGUAUAGCCUACCUGCGCCAAUUUACGCACCAGUCCUUUGUUUCCGUUACGUGACAACAAGUAGAGCAAAAAAAAAGAAGAGUGAACUGUGCCACUCAUGUCUACCACAGCCUCCUGUAAACUCCGAAAAAACACCUUUCAUUUCGGAGCGGGAUGCAAGAGGGUGCGGUGAGCUUUGAGGAGCUUGGAGAAGGUCGGAGGGGUCACGGAAAUGAUCAGAUAAGUUUUGUGGAGCUUUGAGGAGGUAAGAGGAGCGACGAAAACAAGCCCUUAGUAAUGUUGUAACAUGAUCGGCUUUUGAAAGGGCCAAUGACCCAGAAUAUCACGGAGUAAACUUCACUAAAGUUUUAAAGUCGGAUCUCCGUAAACGCACCUCUUCAAAGUGUGAUUUGAUCAUCCGACCGAUGAUCACCGCAUGGCUCACGCUUGAAUGAGCUGGACUGGAACCACGAUCACGCCUGACGCGUGGACGUAAAAACCCGUUUAUUAUCGCUGUUCUCUUAGCUAUGUUCUCUUAUCUUCAAGUUUUCUGAUUGAGUGUGCGUCCAUCUGACCUGUACGAUCGUAACCCGCCAUCGACAUGUGGCAUGCUCGAAAAAAUGGACUUUGCGAUGCAGCAAUCUGUAGCAUAAAUUACCAAUAAUCCAACGAUGGUGUAGCGGUUUUUCAACGAAUAGUAAAGAUCGUGCAUUUUGUUUUGUUUUUGUUUUGUAUGUGUCAUUGGCUUCGUAGGUCUGAUGGUACAAUAUA